AUGCCUCGCGACUACGAUGAUAACGAUCAUCGUCUCGGCGGAGUCACCCCAACCUCCAUUUUUAUGCGACCCUUCAGCACCUGCACUGCUAUAUCCCUUCUACAACGUCAAAUUACCGAUUCCCAACCACGCUCACGAUGUCGUUUCACGACUUACUUUAGACGAGAAAGUUUUGUAGUUGGUUCACGGAGCGUCGGGGAUUCCUCGCCUUGGGAUCUCCGCUUACGAGUGGUGGUUGGAGGCAUUGCACGAUGGACCGGUGCUGUACUACUUAACGGGAACACAUUGAAUUACUUCGGGAAGAACAUCCCCAUUAACCUCGUCCUGGCUAUCGUUGCAGAGGUUGUUCUUGUUGGUGGUGCUGAAUACUAUACAAUCACCAAUGGCAUGGAUUUUGAGGUCAAACUGUACCCUGGUGGGCCAUUUGACCCAUUGGGAUUGGCUAAUGAUCCGAACUAG